AUGGAACACACCAUGGAAACCAUGAUGUUUACAUCUCACAGAUUUGCCAGGGAUAAAGGCUACUCAAUGAAGGAAGGCCAGAGAGUACCCAUGGGAAAGGAGUUUCCUGGAUUUCUGGAAAAUCAAAAAGACCCUCUGGCUGUGGUCAAAAUAAUGAAAGACCUGGACCACAGUCAAGAGAGCAAAGUGGGCUUCCAGAGCUGCUUUUUGCUAAUUGCGGGGCUCACGGUGUGUGUGGUGACUGUUUUGUAG